AGUAUAUUUUCAACUUUAUAUCAUACACAAAGUAAAUAAUAUAUUUCAUACCAAUCAUUCUACAUCGCCGUAAAACAGUUGCUAGCUUCCAGUGCAAAGUAGAAUCCAACUGAAAUGGCUGCUUCUUCAUUUUCCGUUACCUUAACCACCAAAAUCCCCAAAAUCACUUCUUCAACCCACCACAAAUCCCAUAAUUCCCAAAUUACCCAUCUCCGAUUCAAACCUUCCCCUAUUCGCACCCUCCUUCACUUCACACACAAACCAAUUAGCCUCCGUACCAACGCCGUCUCAGUCCAAUGCCUCUUCACCGGCCUCGUCGAAGAAAUCGGCACCGUCAAGCAAAUCGGAGCGUCCCCUGACGGCGGUUUCGACUUAAAGGUCAACGCAAAGACAGUUCUCGACGGCGUCAAUCUCGGCGACAGCAUCGCCGUCAACGGCACAUGUCUCACCGUGACAGAAUUCGACACGAAAGCUUCCGAUUUCACCGUCGGUUUAGCCCCGGAGACGCUGCGAAAAACUUCCCUUUCCGAAUUGGAAGCCGGAUCGCAGGUGAACCUCGAAAGGGCGGUGACUCCGGUUACUCGAAUGGGCGGACAUUUCGUGCAGGGUCACGUGGAUGGCACGGGGGAGAUUGUUUCUAUGGUUCCUGAAGGGGAUUCUCUGUGGGUGAAAGUUAGGGUUGAGAAGGAAUUGCUGAAGUACAUUGUUCCCAAAGGAUUUAUUGCCGUGGAUGGGACUAGUUUGACUGUGGUUGAUGUUUUUGAUGAUGAAGUUUGUUUUAAUUUCAUGCUGGUUGCUUAUACUCAGGAGAAGAUUGUUGUUCCUUUGAAGAAAGUUGGUCAGAAGGUGAAUCUUGAAGUUGAUAUUCUUGGGAAGUAUGUGGAGAGGCUUCUCAGUAGCGGGUUUGUUUCCUCCAUUGCAGCAAAGGUUGAUGCUCUCAAACUAUGACUAUCUUUGGAUUAACUUAUUUGAACAGGAUAUAUAAGUGCUUGUAAGAUUAUUUGAGAGAGCCAAUAGAAACAACUUAUGAAACUAUAAUUGCAGGUUUUCAAUGUAUGAUUAUGUUACCUCACUAAUUUGUUAGCUUCAAUUGCUAGCUUCACUAAUUUGUUUAUGGCUAUCAAAGGGUUUCUUAGUUUUGUGCUUCAA